GUGCUCAGAUCCUCACUCUGUAAAGUUACUGUUCAAAUGAUGCUUCUUUCAGGAUGAUAGGUGGUAGGAUUUGCCUACAUAAGGACUAAUGGGAUGCAUAUAAUGCAUGGCUGAUGAUGCUGAGCAGAGCUGAGCACAAAGGCGUAUGUCAGCUGUUAUCUUCAGUUAUGUCUGGAACAGACUUCCAUACGGACAGAGAGGAGGAUUACAGGUUCCUUCACAGCAUGUUGAUGGAAAAAAAGCUCCAUCUGCUGUUUAAGAUUCACGAACGACUGAAGCAUUUUGAGAAGCGAAGCCCCCUUCCCAUCCAGGAGCACGCAGCGAGUCUGGCCUCAGAAUUGGCAGAAGAGCUGCUGUACCAAGGCUGGAGAGAUGAAGUCAAAGAACUGCUUACACUCAUUUCCAAACCUCAUUUUAAGAGUCUCCUGCGUACGCAUGAUUCUGUAGCUCAGAGAGACUUUGAGCCUGCCCUGCCACCCCUACCUGAUAAUGCAAUGACAGAAGAAGAAGAUUCGGUCAAAAUUGUGACCCUGGUCAAAACCAAAGAGCCCCUGGGAGCAACAAUUAAGAGAGACAAAUCCACAGGGGCUAUCGUUGUGGCCAGGGUCAUCAGAGGAGGUUCAGCUGACAAGACCGGUCUGAUUCAUGAAGGGGAUGAGCUGAAGGAGGUGAAUGGAGUUUCACUGGAGCACAGAAAGCCCAAAGAAAUCCUUCCCCUUCUGGCUUGCUCUAAGGAUGCUGUUAAAUUGAAAAUCAUUCCUGGAUCUCCUAACGAGGACAUGUCAUUAUGUUUGACGAAGUUGUUUGUUAGGGCUCUGUUUGACUAUGAUCCCACGGAGGAUCCCACCAUCCCCUGUAAGGAGGCAGCAGUGGCCUUUAAAAGAGGUGACGUCCUCCAGGUUGUCAGCACGGACGAUGAUACCUGGUGGCAGGCCUGUCGCCUUGGAGACGGCAGCAGUCGAGCAGGCCUCAUCCCUUCGAAGCAGCUGCAUGAAAGAAGAGUUGCAUUGCAACGACCCAGAGCCCUGUUCAAGAAUCUUCAAACCAAGCCAGCAGAUGACAGUGAAGUGUUUCCAGUCACAGAGGAUGUGGACUAUGGAGCUAUAACAGGAAUUCACAUUGCUGGUCUGAGGAGGAGUUUCCGACUCGGACGAAAAAGCAGCAGAUCCAGGAAAACUACUCAGUUACGGAGGUGGAACUCUGAGGUACACGGUGCCAUCUGUCCUCCUACUUAUAUAGAGGUGGUGCCCUACCAUAAGGAGCCAAAUGACAGACACAGACUCAUUGUGCUGGUUGGGCCCAGCGGAGUUGGCGUGAGCGAACUGAAGAGGAGGCUGGUGAUUUCUGACCCGGACCGCUAUGGCGUCAGUGUGCCGUACACAACACGGGAGAAGAAGAGUAAAGAGAGAGAAGGGGUGGAUUAUCAUUUUGUUACAGUUCAGGCGUUUGAAGAGCUCAUUCUCAAUCACAGGUUUGUGGAGUAUGGACAUUACAGAGGUAACUACUAUGGGUCAAAUCUGGACUCUGUCCAGAGAGUGAUGGCUGAGGGAAAAGUGUGCCUCCUUGAUGUGCACCCAAGUAAGAUAAAACUUGUUUACACCUCUGAAUACAAACCAUACAUUGUGUUUGUGAAGCCCCCAAGGAUUGAGGAGCUUCGCCUCACCAGGCGGAGAGCUAAAUUUGUCUGUGAGGAGGAUAGUAAACAAGUCAGGAUGUUUACAGAGGAGGAUUUUGAGGAGAUGAUUGACCUGGCUGAACUGUUGCUCAGUCAGUAUGGUGACCUGUUUGAUAAUGUAAUUAUCAAUGGAGAUAUUGCUGUUGCAUUCAGAGAGCUGAAAGCAGACAUCGAGAAGAUAGAUGCGGCAGAAGUCCAGUGGGUUCCUGCAGCAUGGAUGCGCUCCACACCAACCAAAGCCUGCAGAAGCUGCAGCAGUUUGACUGGCUGGAUUUGA